GGUCUACAAGGAUUCCUGAUUUUUCAUAGCUUUGGUGGGGGGACGGGCUCUGGCUUUACCUCCUUGCUGAUGGAACGCCUGUCCGUGGACUAUGGCAAGAAGUCCAAGCUGGAGUUUGCCAUCUAUCCAGCUCCGCAGGUUUCCACGGCCGUGGUGGAGCCCUACAACUCUAUCCUGACCACCCACACCACCCUGGAGCAUUCUGACUGUGCCUUCAUGGUGGACAACGAGGCCAUCUAUGACAUCUGCCGUCGCAACCUGGAUAUCGAGCGCCCCACCUACACCAACCUGAACCGUCUCAUCAGCCAGAUCGUCUCCUCCAUCACCGCGUCCCUGCGCUUCGACGGUGCCCUCAACGUGGACCUGACCGAGUUCCAGACCAACCUGGU